GUCCUUCACUUUGAAAAUGUCAAAGAGGUGCCUUUUGGGUUUCAAACAGUGACCUCUGAUGUAAACAAACUUAGUUCUUUCUACUCUCUGAAGCUAAUCAAACGACUCUAUAUAGAUAAAUCACUAAACCCGUGUACGGAAUUUAUUAGUGCCACCAAAAGGCCCUAUGCAAAUGAAAUGGAAACAGUUGACUUUAAGGAUAAACUGGAAGACACUAGAGGCCAGAUUAACAAGUCAAUUAAAGACCUUACUGAUGGUCAUUUUGAGAACAUCUUGACUGAGGACAAUGUAAAUGAUCAAACCAAGAUCCUUGUGGUAAAUGCAGCCUACUUUAUAGGAAAAUGGAUGAAGAAAUUUCCUGAAUCUGAAACAAAAGAAUGUCCAUUUAGAAUCAACAAG